AUGCAGCGGAGAAAGAUCAAAGAAGAUGGCAACUUGAUCCCUGAGGAGCAAAAUGCAAAUGAGAACAAUUAUGGGAGCCUAAGCACAAUAAACUCUAUUGAGAUCUCCCAGUUGAAUAAACAAAAAUCGCUGGGCCGUUCUGUACACAGCACGCCAAACUUCUUCAGUGAUGGGAAUACCAGGAUCGACUUUGUCCUUGCAUGGGAAUCAGAUCAUCAGGAUUUGGAGGAGCAAACUGGAGACCAAGGGACUCGGACUCCUAAGCGAGGGAAAUCACUUGAUAUGCACAGAAUGUGGCGGCAAAGUUUUCUGAAUAAACUCCAGAAGGCAGGGUUGCGAAUGGAAACGCAUGUAGCUCAGAAUCCAAAGAAGCUGGUGUACUUUGUAUUGCUGAAUGCCCCCUGGAGUGUGCUUUGCUAUUAUGCUGAGGAUCUCCGCCUGAGGGUUCCUCUGCAGGCUGUACCCAAUCAGGCAGUACUUAACUGGUCUCACAGACUUCUGAUGAAACUGGGCAUCCCUAGUAUUCUCUACGAUGAGGUUCCUGACCUGCCCUUGGAUUACUACACCUGCCAUUUUAAGGCAAACAAAUUACCAUGGUUUCUUGGGAGUAAUCACCAUGACACCUUCUUCAGCAGCACACAACGGCACAGAAUACUGUAUGAGAUUCUGGCCACCACAAUAUACGGUGAUCCAAAGGAAGGGCAUGUUGGAGUGGAAAGACUGAUGAAUGAAGAAGUCUUCACAGCUGCGUUCCCACUGCAUGAUGGUCCUUUCAAGAUGCCAUCAGAAAAGCUACCCCCCAAUGAAAUGAACCAGAGGCAGAUUCUUUUCCAUUUUUGGGCUCAGUGGAGAAAGUGGAAGAAAUACCAGCCUCUGGAUCACAUUCGCAGGUACUUUGGGGAGAAGAUUGCACUCUACUUUGCCUGGCUUGGUUUCUACACUGGAUGGCUCUUUCCAGCAGCUAUAGUGGGGACACUGGUCUUCAUAAUUGGCGUCUUUAUGAUGUUUGACGACAUACCUGCAGAUGAAAUCUGUAACAGUGGUGGUAAAUACCAGAUGUGCCCACUCUGCAAAUCCUGUCCAUACUGGAACAUCUCCACAAUUUGCCCAAUGUUUAAGGCAGGUCGCCUCUUUGACCAUGGUGGAACAGUCUUCUUCAGUAUCUUCAUGUCUCUGUGGGCGGUCACAUUCCUUGAGUACUGGAAGCGAAUGAAUGCCACCCUGACAUACCGCUGGGAUUGUUCAGAUUUUGAAGAUAUUGAGGAACGACCACGGCCCCAGUUCACUGCCAUGGCUCCCAUGACAACUAAAAAUCCAAUUACUGGAGAGGAAGAACCAUAUUUCCCCAGGCAGAAUCGCUUCAACAGAAUCAUUGCAGGAUCGAUGGUCAUCAUCAUGAUGAUUGCUGUGGUGGUGAUGUUCCUGAUUUCCAUCAUCCUGUACCGGGCUAUCAUUGCUGUGGUCGUGUCCAGGUCUGGAAACUUCCUCGUCGUGGCUUCAGCCUCUCGUAUUGCCAGCAUUACAGGCUCAGUGGUGAACCUAAUCUUCAUCCUCAUCCUUUCCAGAAUUUACCUUGCCCUGGCACACUUUCUCACCAAGUGGGAAAUGCAUCGCACUCAGACCAUGUAUGAAGAUGCUUUUACCUUUAAGGUGUUUGUGUUUGAAUUUGUCAAUUUCUACUCUUCUCCCAUCUACAUUGCAUUCUUCAAGGGCAGGUUUGUAGGCUAUCCAGGACACUACAACAAAUUGCUUGGCAUCCGUAAUGAGGAUUGUGGACCAGGUGGCUGCCUCAUUGAACUUGCCCAGGAGCUGCUGGUCAUCAUGGUAGGAAAGCAAAUAAUUAACAAUGUACAGGAGAUCCUCAUCCCGAAGGUGAAAACUUGGUGGCAUAGGCGGAAUCUUCUCUCAAAAAACAGGUGGAGUAAGGAGGAUCCGGAAGGUCUCAUGAAUCCCCUCUGGGAGAAAGAUUACGAACUGCUGCCCUAUGAUGGGUUGUUUGCUGAAUACCUGGAAAUGGUGCUGCAGUUUGGUUUCAUCACCAUCUUUGUGGCUGCCUGCCCAUUGGCACCUCUCUUUGCCUUGCUCAACAACUGGGUGGAAAUACGCCUGGAUGCCCAGAAGUUUGUUUGUGAAUAUCGGCGGCCAGUUGUGGAGCGGGCCCAAGGCAUUGGCAUCUGGUUCAAUAUCCUGGAGGUCAUCACACACCUGGCAGUUAUCAGCAAUAUGCUGUUUUGCUCCUCCUAUCUGAUUGCUUUCUCAUGUGACUUCCUCCCUCGACUGUAUUACCAGUACACUCGUGCCAGCAAUUUACAGGGUUAUGUUGAUUUCACCUUGGCCUAUGCCCCCAAAUCCUUUGUCUUGGAGAACAAUGCUACCUGCAGAUACCGAGCAUACAGAGAACCCAGUGGCAGAUAUUCACUAGUUUACUGGAAUCUACUGGCCAUCCGCCUUGGCUUCAUAAUUGCAUUUGAGCAUGUUGUUUUCUUCAUUGCACGCCUGAUAGAUAUGAUGGUGCCUGAUAUCCCAGCAACAGUGGCAAUAAAGGUGAAGCGAGAACAGUAUCUAGCAAAGCAAGCUCUAGCUGAGAACAAGGCUCUCGUUGAGGCAAUAGAGCCAACCUCCAUGACACAGCAGCCGGGCCCAUAG